GCUUAUUUAAACAGUUUGUUACCUAACUGUGCCUGUGAGUCAAGCAUAUACAUUUAACUCUAGACGUCAGGACAAGAGUCCACCGCCUUGCUGCUCGCCAGGCUCCUUAGUUUCUUGCUGACCUCGAGGCCCCUCCUCUUUGCCCAGACCAAUUCUAGACAACUCGCACGCUAAUCAGCUAGGAGCUCCUCCUUUGUUGCCCAUCUGUAAUUGAUAGCCAUGUCAGGCGUGGCACGUAGCCGGCUUCAGGAGGAGCGUAAGGCAUGGCGGAAAGAUAAGCCUUUUGGUUUCCAUGCGCGCCCGGAGACUGCCGAAGACGGGAGCGUGAACUUGAUGAAAUGGAAGUGCCACAUUCCGGGCAAGCAAGGCACGGACUGGGAGGGAGGCUUUUACCCGCUAACCAUGGAGUUCUCGGAGGACUACCCCACCAAGCCGCCCAAGUGCAAGUUCCCCGCCGGAUUCUUCCACCCAAACAUCUACCCCUCGGGCACCGUUUGCUUAAGCAUUCUCAACGAGGAUGAGGGGUGGCGGCCUUCCAUCACCAUCAAGCAGUUGCUGCUCGGCAUCCAGGAACUCCUGGACACGCCCAACCCCAACAGCCCCGCGCAGUCUGACGCCUUCGUCCUCUUCACGCAGCAGAAGGCGGAGUACUGCAAGAAGGUCAAGAAGCAGGCGCUGGCGCACCCGCCGCCCUCGUAGCCCGGUCCUGCUGCUGCUAGCACUGGCGGCAAACGGCAAAGCAGCUAGGGCGAUGUGAUUAAGUCGAAAGCGUUGGAAGCUACCUUGCCUUGUUCUCCAAGUGGUGACUGUCUUGCAGGAACGUAGGUACAGAGUGUGGUGCUUCGCUGGGGUGCUGUCUGCUGGAGGAGAGUAUAGCUUGAGCCCACCACUGUAUCGCAUGAGCUCUCAGGGUGACUGCGCUCGUGGAUAACGUGUUAUUGGGUGUGGCAUCGCAGGAGAAGCCUCGCAGGAGUGGUACGCUUGGGAAACGAGAUCUGGUGGUAGUUCAUGGGUUUGAGGGAUCAGGGGGAAUUAGCGGAAAUCUGUUCUGCAGGUUUGGACUGCCGUAUGGCGUCCAUCCGCACGCGACUGACUCCUUACGGCUAGCGAUGUUGCUGCCAGGAUGUCUUGCAGAACUGCCGCGCUGACUGCUAGGCUUGUAACGGCUGACAGCCCGUGAGAUGUGUGCGACGAUGCCCCUUUGGUGGCAUGUGACCGGGG